CAUGAACACUCAUGCAUCUUUACAAACUAGAGUGGACGUAACAUUCAUUUUACAGUGACGCACGACGGCACCGUCAUGACGUCACAGGAGGACGUUCCUCUCCACCAUUUGGUGUCGAUGCUAAAAACAAAGUCAAACAAAUAUCUGGUGGACGGAUACGGAAGUAAGUGGGAUCUAAGGAAAAGCAGGUGGGAUCUAGUGUGGGACUGAAACAGAUGAAGCUGAUGUGAAAACACGGAGACACCGAGCACACUGAAACUGAAGCCGAACUUCCGUGGACCGGGUCCAUCUGGAUGACUGUUAGCAUCAUUAGCAUCAGCAGCAGCAGGAGGAAGAGGCUCUGACAGAACCACACACAAACAUGGAGUUCUGGGUUCGGUUCAACGGCCAAAGCCAAGCCAAGGAGAGGCUUAUCCGGGCUGCCCAGUACACCUGCACUCUGCUGGGCUACGCCGUCCAGAAGGGUGGAGCGGGGACGGAACUCCAUCAAACCAUCAGGCAGCUGGAAGCACACAUGAGUCUGACCAGAAAGUUGCUGCGUUUGGGGAACUCGGUGGAAGCAUUGGAGGCGGCGAAGAGGGCCAUCCACCUGUCCGACAGCGUCCUCCGUCUGUGCCUGACCAUCAGCCACCUCAACAGGGCCAUGUACUUCGCCUGUGACAACAUCCUGUGGGCUGGAAAAACAAGCCUUAUCCCCAAACUGGACCAGCACAAGUGGAGUCAGAGGUCUUUCAGGUAUUAUCUGUUCGCUCUCAUCCUGAACCUAACUCGUGAUGUGUAUGAGCUUCGUCUCCUCAUGGAGUGUGAAUCACGUUAUCGAGCCACCAAAGCCUCUUCGUCCCCGUCCAGCAGCGUCUCGCCCUCAGACGACCCGUCCAGCGCCGCCGUGGCCCCAUCCAUAGCAUCAGCGUGGCUCCAGAAACAGCUCCACCUGCUGGUCACAGUGCUGUACAAUAACCCACCGCUGCUGCUGGACCUGCUCAAGAACACUUGUGACAUAUUCAUCCCCCUGGACCGACUGGGCAUUUACAGUACAGGACCAGGGGUGGUGGGAGCCUGUGGUCUGGCCUCCUCUGUUCUGUCCAUUCUAACUAUGAUCCACCCCUGGCUCAAACUCAAGCCCUGAAGAAAC